AUGUCCACCGCCCUGUGGCUCCUCCAGCGCUCUGUGCCGCCAAGCGUUUCAGCGCCAAUGGGUAGUGACGACUUCAACCAGGCCCUCGGUGUACUCAUCUGGCUACUCACCCAUUUUGACGGCCCACAGGAGCAGGCUACAGUCGCAGAACCGGACCCCAAAUCCAGCGCCGGCGCCCAAAUCCAGGACCCUCAAGCACUGGGAGCCUCCUGCCAGAUGGCCAACUGGUGCCACGAGGACGAGGCGCUCGCGAACGACACACUGCAGCGGCGCCUCGCCAUCGAUGAACGCGCCUGGCGAGAGGAAGAGGCACAGUCGCGACGUGCGGAGGCCGAUGCGGUCCUGCUACGCGAAAAGGGUCUCUGCCUUGCCCAGAGCGCGCGCCUUGGGCUCUCCACCUCGGUCGACGCUGCAGCUGGCUGCACGGCAGUGAUGGGUACAGAGGAAACGCUCGCCUGCCCACAGCCGCUCCUUUGCGCCACCACCGAGAUGAGGUCGCUCAUCAACGACCUCCACUCCAGCUUCAGUCUCUUUUGCACCUCGCCGAGCAUUGCGGAUGAUCCCCUCUCCGUUGUCUCGGGCCAGAUCAGGGGAGGAGGAGCGGUGUCGAGCUCAGACGUCGAGCUUGCUCUCGAGGCCUUCGGUCAGCACUAUCUAUCCCUGGCCGGCCGAGAAGCGCUCUCGAAAAUAUGGACCGCAGGGCAGGUCUGCUUUGCGGAUUACGCGCAGACCAUGCUGCGGCUUAUGGCUGGGUUUGGGCCGGGCAGCCUCGCGUUGACCGAGAAUGAGGCACUUGCAGCGCUCUACGUUGCGUUCCGCCUCUUUGAUUACUCGGGCAGCGGCGUUGUUGGCAUGGCGGACAUUGAGCUCGUCUUGCAGGCGCUUUCCUGCCACCUCGAGUCGCAUGAGGUGAGUGAGCUGCUUGGGCACCUGCAGCAAAGCGGACACGACCCAAGCUCUGAGCUCCCGUUCCAUUGCUUUCUCUCCCUCUUCAUGCCUACGAUUCGUGCGGGAACGGAGUUGGCGGGCAGAGCUGACUCGGAAGCAGCGGCAAGCGAGACAGACAGGCACCAGCCGAGUGAACUCGUCCUUCUCGGUGGCGGAGGCACCCACUUUGCAGGCGGUGGCGCUGCGGGAGCCCGUGCGCAACGGGUAGCGGCAGGCGAGAGUAUCGCGCGGUCCGGGACUCUGGUCUCUCACUCCCUCCACUGUCCCUAG